AUUCAGCAGGUAGCGCCGCAAAAAAAAACUGUAGAAGAAGUCAAGGCCCACCCCUUAUCUCUAUGGAAACGACUCUUUGUACUUGCUGUUAAGCUUGUUGGUAUAAUUUAUUAAACUUUGUUCACCAACCUGCAUAUUAACUGCUCUUUACUGGCUUCCACAUAUUUGUCUAGAACUUGUUUUACUCUGCGAGAUGUUACUAAGCUAACCAAGCUAGCAAAACUAGUCAUUUGCUCACUAGCGUUUGAAACGUGCUAGUGUUAGCUAGCAAACCAGUGGAGUUUUACGCAUCUUUAACAUAGCUGAAUAAUAUGACAGACAACUGGAACACAGAUACAGGAGAAGCUGUGUAUCGAUCUCGGGAUGCCAUCAAAAACUUGAGGAUAAAGGUGCGUAUAGAGAGGGUGACUUCCACAACUGCACUCUCUCAGCACCUCCAGCAGCAGGUUCUAUCCCAGCAAGAUAGAGGAGCAAUUGAACUGGAAACCCUACCUUCUCAAGGCCAUAGAGAUGAUAAUGAGGAGGAGCUUUUGGUGGGAUGGCAGGAGAAGUUUUUCAGUCAGUAUGAGAUGGAGCUGUUUCAGAAUGAGGCAGCAUGUCAAACGCCUUUAGACCGUCAGUACCACACAGAAGUCAAGGCCCUAAACAGAACCAAGGGAAGAAAAAAUAACAGGAUUUUUACUUACACUGACCAUGAUCGCUACACAAACUGUCUGUCAUUACACCAACUGCAGCAAUCCACUGACCUAUUGGCCACAACUAAGGCUAGCCCCACUUUCCUGGCUCAGAGGAUGGCCAGUGUGAGACACCGGCGUCAAGACAGACGCACCAUGGAUUGUGGUCUCCCUAAAUCAAAAAUAAUUAACUGGGAGCCCACAGAGGAGUUUGUAAAAAGCAGUCAUGUAGUUAAUAAUGCAAUGCAGACCAUGCACAUCAUGGGGGACCUUGGACUAACUGGGAGGUUGGGACUGAAAGAGAAUGAAUGCUUGUUGGUCACCAUUAAAACCGAUGGCAAUGGAACAGUAAUUUUAAAACCUGAUUUCAACAAGGACAAAGAUCCCUACAGGAUUGUAACAGAGGGGGAAAAGAAAGAGGUUUGGCGUCUUACUGUGGAGAAUGUAUCUACAGUCAUGAAACCAGAAGAUAAGGAAAGAGAGCAAAACAUGUACAAAGAUCUGUAUGUAAGACACAAGGAGUACCUCAACAGCCUAGUUGGGCAGGACUUUGAAAUGCCACCAGGGGGUAUUCUGCGUUUCUUGAUGAAUGGAGAGAUAGUCUCUGCUAAAGGGUUUGAGUAUGAUAACUUAUACAUCCACUUCUUUAUGGAACUGCCUAACAAUUGGUCCAGUUUGCCAUCCCAGUCGUUGUCAGGGGUAACACAGACCUGCCGGACUAAAACUCUAGGAAAGGAAAAUGUAGCUUUUUUCAGUUACCCCUUUACCUUUGAGACUUUCUACAUGAGUGACAAAGAGAGUGAUGAAUCAGUCCCCCAGUGGCCAGUGCUGUACUUCAAGGUUCUUUCUCUUGACUCCUGGCAGCGCUAUCGGACUGAAGGCUAUGGUUAUCUUAUUUUUCCUGCCUCACCUGGUAAAUAUGAAAUAACAUGCCAUACAUGGAGACCCCUUCAGACAGGGACAGUGUCUGCACUCAGACGUUUUUUCAUUGGCGGUUCUCCAGAGCUUGAAGACAACAGCUACGUCAGAAUACCAGGAACAUUUAAGGGAGAGAGACUGAGUCGCCUUGGCUUUCACACCGAAAGCACUGGAAGUGUCACCUUUAAUCUACACUGCAUCCAACAAGCAAAGGCAUUUGUUGCUGCCUCCAUGUUGAAGAAGAGGAGGCAAAAGGUUUUUGACCAUCUUGGAGGGUUUAGUCAGCAAGGAGCUGUCUGCACCAUCUUGGAGGCCUUUCAGAGGGCCAGGACAAAGAUGCAAGAAGCCAGAGAAAGUCUUCCCAGAGACCUCAUCAACCCUACUUCCCUCUCCCCAUUUGAAUCAUCUGCAUAAGUGUGAACACUGUCAAAUGUUUGCUCUAUUAAAUUGAAGGGGCCAAAUAGUU